CCGUUACAUUCAAAAAACGAAAUGGAUUUGACAGACACAUCAUCGUAUCGCGUGGAGACGAAAAAUAACCAGAAAAAAAGAAAACCAGUCUUCUGGACUCUAGCAGCAACAGCCUGUUACCGAAAGAUGAUGAAGGGGCCAUACUAUUGCGAACCAGUCAGAAUGUUUAUAUUUUAUAAUCUUUUCAAAGGGCAAAAAGACUGGAAGGUGCACAAUAUGCCUGUGGUAGAAACGGAACAGACAAAACUCCCAAUGACAGACAACGAAAUAAGGAAAUCAGCACCUUUUGUGAAGAUGAACCCAUGGGCCCCAUCCCAGAGUGGAAUCAUAGAAAGCGUGAUUUAUUUGAAAUAUCUCCUAAAGGACGCUGAUCGAAAGCAAAAAGAAGAAGAAAAAAUUGAUGAAAAAUCGAUGAACAAACUACAGACCGGCGCGAUGAAGCAUGUGUUCAGCAUGUCCAACUUAGGAUGAUAGGCUUUUCUUGAGGGAAAAUUGUAAAUUUCCCAGUGAUAAAUUAUUGUG